CCUGGCUGGGCGCUUCUUCCCCCUUGACGGCCUCCCGCCACCGACACCCACCACUUCCCCGUCGGCGCAUGUGCUGUUGCCACUUCGCUUUCCCCCAUCCCUUACCUCACACUCCUUGCCACCGAUUAAUCUCCUCCCCUCCAACCACCGCGAGAUCUCCAGCUACCGCGCCCUCCAACUACAUCGCGCGCGCAUUCGUCAGAUCCAGAAUCGAGCCCCCGGCUGAGAUCCAGCUAACUCUCUAGCGAGCUUCCGACCGAGCAGCGGGGAUCAGAGAGAGAGGUAGAGAAGGAUGAAGCGGAAGAUGAGGAACAAGAUCAUCCUGUGGUCGCUGGCCGUGACGGCGGUGGCGGUGCUGGUGGGCGGCACGAUUGCGCUGGUGCUGACGGCGGGGACAUGGAAGGCCAAGAUAAAGAAGUCGCAGGAGAAGAUCUGCAACAAGGGGUGGGAGUGCUCCGGGAGCAAGUACUGCUGCAACGACACCAUCACCGACUUCUUCAAGGUGUACCAGUUCGAGAACCUCUUCGCCAAGCGCAACACCCCCGUCGCGCACGCCGUCGGCUUCUGGGACUACCAGGCCUUCAUCACCGCCGCCGCGCUCUUCGAGCCGCAGGGGUUCUGCACCACCGGCGGCAAGCAGAUGCAGAUGAUGGAGCUCUGCGCCUUCCUCGGGCACGUCGGCGCCAAGACCUCCUGUGGGUAUGGCGUGGCGACCGGCGGGCCGACGGCGUGGGGGCUGUGCUACAACCACGAGAUGAGUCCCGACCAGACCUACUGUGACAAGACCUAUACUCAGUACCCCUGCGUCGAGGGCGCCGAGUACUAUGGCCGCGGCGCGAUCCCCGUCUACUGGAACUACAACUAUGGCGCAGCGGGCGACGGGAUCAAGGCGGACCUGUUGCACCACCCCGAGUACUUGGAACAGAAUGCGACGCUCGCAUUCAUGGCGGCAAUGUGGCGAUGGAUGACGCCGAUCAAGAAGAGUCAGCCAUCGGCACACGAGGCCUUUGUGGGUACAUGGAAGCCCACCAAGAAUGACACGCUCAGCAAGCGCCUGCCUGGGUUCGGCGCCACCAUGAACAUACUCUACGGCGAAUCAAUCUGUGGCAGGGGAUUCAUCGACGCCAUGAACGUCAUCAUCUCGCACUACCAGUACUACCUUGACCUCAUGGGGGUUGGCCGUGAGCACUCUGGUGACAACCGCGACUGCGCUGAGCAGGCACCGUUCAAUCCCUCCAGCAAGCCGGAUGACCAACAGCAGCAGCAGCAAUCAGGAAGCUAGAAGGGACCCAUUACUGCGGCCACACGUGUUGUACACCUGUUCUUGCCAUUGUCACUGAUCAAGCUUCCUGUGCUACUGUGAGCUACUGAUUCUUCAGAAUGUGUGGAGCUGCUUUGGAUUGAUGUUGCUUUGAGUGGCUGAUCAGAAGACUUUAUGUGCUGUCUAUGGGAAUUGAGAUAUUUGUAGUCGUUGUACCAUGGUGUCCAUAGAUAGUCUGUUUUCAUUUCCUUGAUUUUGUCAGAUACAACAUACAUGUGUUAAAAGAGGAUGGUUCAGACUGAAACAUACAAGGCUUUUCUGAACUUCUGUAUUCCUGCUACGAAACAUGUUUAAAGAGGAUUCAAUUGAACAUACGUUGACUUUCUCCCAA